GAAUAACAGGAAUAAUGUCAUGGUAGAGCCAAACACGGCAUGUAAUUUCUUACUUUGUUUAACCAUCUCCAGUCCAUUCUCUGUCGGCUUGUUCUGUUCUACCACUCUCAUAAUCUUCAUAUACUAAUCCCAGUAAUUAGUAAACAUAAUCCUACGCCCAGCAGCAGCAUUUAGGAUUUAGGAUUUGAUUAUUUCUGCGUCCAAAUUAAUUACCCAUUUCAUAAUGCUAUAAUUAUAGUACUAUAAUGGAGUCGUAGCUGGUAUUGGCUAGCACUAUAAAGCACCUCCGUGCUCAUUGGCGUCGGAUUUUCCGGCAAGUUUUCAGAUUCCCCCACCACCCUCAUCUCGAUUGCUCCGCUGCCCUUUACCUGUCGUCCUGCUGCUCUACACCUAUCUAUAUAGCUUUCCGCUUUUGGGAUUUUCUUUUGUCUCUCGUUGCUUGGUUUCUUGAAAAUCCGGCCGGGGUCUCCGCCGCCAGCGGCUGAGCUCAUGAUCUUGGCUUCUGGGAGGAUAGAGGAAAAGGGCCCAUUUUUGUUUGGAGGGGAGCUUUUCAGCUAGCUCCUAGAGGACUUUUUUUGUAUUUUCUUGGAUGAAAACUGAAAAAGGUUCAAUCUUUGGCAGUAUUUUAGGGUAGCCCAGAGAAAAUCUGUCUUUGGGGGAGGAUUGUUUUCAACAUUAUGAAGCUUGUGGGAUGGUGGUUUGGUGGCAAAAAAAGGGUUGUUUGUUGAAGCCCCUUGACUUGGGGAGAGCUGAAAUUAGAGGCCUUUACUGAGAAGUGAAGGCACAGAACAGUAGUUACUGUAAGUUAUUGCAGAUUGAAGUAAGUGAUUGGAGGAAAGCUUUGUUUGUAUUGGAUUUUGUUGGGGAAGAAGAAAGAUUGGAUUGGAUUUAGCACAGAUUGGGGUUCUUAUUUUGCUGAGAUGAAGGUUCCAUCAAAUGGGUAUAUUGCAAAUACAGGAGAAGGGGAGAGAAAGGUGAUCAAUUCAGAGCUAUGGCAUGCUUGUGCUGGUCCAUUGGUUUCACUGCCUGCUGUUGGGAGCCUUGUGGUGUAUUUUCCCCAAGGCCACAGUGAGCAAGUUGCAGCAUCAAUGCAAAAGGAGACCGAUGGCAUCCCAAACUAUCCAAAUCUUCCCUCCAAGUUGAUCUGCAUGCUCCACAAUGUCACCUUACAUGCUGAUCCUGAAUCUGAUGAGGUUUACGCUCAGAUGACUCUUCAACCUGUAAACAAAUACGAUCAGGAAGCUUUGCUUAUAUCCGAUAUGGGGCUAAAGCAAAGCAGGCAACCUACUGAAUUCUUCUGCAAGACGCUCACCGCUAGUGAUACUAGCACUCAUGGUGGUUUUUCUGUUCCUCGUCGAGCAGCUGAGAAAAUAUUCCCACCUCUGGAUUACUCGAUGCAACCUCCGGCUCAGGAGAUAGUAUCCCGAGACUUGCAUGAUCAAACAUGGACUUUUAGACAUAUAUAUCGAGGGCAACCGAAAAGGCACCUAUUGACUACUGGAUGGAGUGUUUUUGUGUCGUCGAAAAGACUUUGUGCUGGAGAUGCUGUCCUUUUCAUAAGGGAUGAAAAGUCACAGCUUCUCUUGGGUAUAAAGCGUGCUAACCGGCAACAACCCGCCCUUUCGUCAUCGGUUAUAUCUAGUGACAGCAUGCACAUUGGAAUCCUUGCGGCCGCAGCUCAUGCUGCAGCAAAUAAUAGCCCGUUUACCAUUUUUUACAAUCCAAGGGCAAGCCCUUGCGAAUUCGUGAUCCCUCUUGCCAAGUAUAACAAAGCUAUGUACACUCAAGUUUCUCUAGGCAUGCGGUUCAGGAUGAUGUUUGAGACCGAAGAGUCUGGAGUGCGUAGGUACAUGGGGACAAUCACGGGUAUCAGUGAUCUCGAUCCCGUUCGAUGGAAAAACUCACAGUGGCGUAAUCUUCAGGUUGGAUGGGAUGAAUCAACUGCUGGGGAACGUCCAACUCGGGUUUCAAUUUGGGAUAUUGAGCCUGUUGUUACUCCUUUUUACAUUUGUCCUCCUCCAUUUUUCAGACCCAAGUUUCCCAGACAGCCUGGGUUUAUGGGCGACGAGUCAGAUAUGGAGAAUGUGUUCAGGAGAGGAAUGCCUUGGAUUGGGGAUGAGUUUGGCGGGUUGAAAGAUGCGUCGAGCUCGAUGUUCCCUGGAUUGAGCUUAGUCCAAUGGAUGAGCAUGCAGCAGCAGACUAACCAGCAAGUCCCAGCUCAAUCGGGACUGAAUCAAAACCAAAACCAAAACGCUUUGCAAGGAAACCUUGGCGUGGAUAACCAUUCCAGGCUCCUCAACUUUCAGUCCCCCGGUUUUGCUGCCCAGAAUCUCCAGUUCAACAAACCAAAUCAGCUAAAUCAGCAAGUUUCCCAGCUUCAACAGACGCCAUCCCCAACGUGGCCCCCGCAGCAGCAGCAGCAGCCGCAGAUGCAGCUGCAGCAGCACCCGUUGCAGCAGCUGCAACAGAAUAUGCAUUCGAGCAGUUUAAGUAACGGUGUUGUGCCUUCCCAGAUUCCAAAUCAGAGCCACCCGCAAACUGCUAUGCAUUCUCAGCUUCAGCAGCAGCAGCAGCAGCUAAUGACGGGAAAUUUGCAGGUGCCACAAAAUCCUCCUGCAGCCGCUAGUAAACCGCCAUUUCCCCAGACAUCAUUGCCUCAAGAAUUGCCAUUUCAGCAACAAAUCGACCAACAACAGUCCGUCCUUCUGCACAAACCUCAGCAGCAGCAGCAACAGACGCAAUUGCAACAAGCCCCGCUACAGUUGCUUCAGCAAAGCUUAAUGCAAAGGCCACAAUCGCAUCAGUCUUCACACCCGAGCCUUUCUGAACACCAGCUCCAACUGCAGAUGCUACAGAAACUGCAACAGCAACAGCAGCAGCAGCAACAACACCUCUUGUCCCCGGUUGGCUCCAAUUUGGAACCGAUGCCCCAACAAGUGCUCCAACAAAACCGUCAAUCACAGCCUCCCCCGUUGCCUCAACAGCCGCUAGGUAGCAACAGUUUCUCCACAUCCCCGCUACUUCAAUCCCCGAAAUAUCCAGUUAACCAGCCCCAAGGCCAGCAAAAGCCACCAAUUACUACAAUAAAAGCACACUCCGGCCUUACAGAUGGGGAUACUCGACUACGUUCAACCUCACCAUCCACCAAUAAUUGCCCAGUAUUUCCGUCUAACUUCCUCAAUAGGAACCAGCAGCCUCCAACGAUUUUGCUGGACGAUUCUAUAGUUGAUCCUUCUUCUAAUAUGGUUCAAGAGCUUUGCACCAAGUCUGAUAUACCGAUAAAACACGAGUUACCCAUCUCAAAAGGUACCGAGCAGCCUAAAUACAAAGGUAACGGUACUGAUAACUUAGACGCAACCUCAUCUGCAACAUCAUAUUGCUUGGAUGCUAGCGGCCUCCAGCAGAACUUUUCACUCCCGGGCUUCUGUUUGGACGGUGACGUUCAAUCACAUUCUAGGAAUAGCAUGCCUUCUGCAGCUAAUAUCGAUGCACUGGCCCCCGAUGCUUUGUUAUCAAGGGGUUAUGACUCUGGGAAAGAUAUGCAAAACCUGUUUUCUAAUUACGGGAACUCUCCAAGGGAUAUCGAGACAGAGUUAUCCACUGCCGGGAUCAAUUCUCAAACGUUUGGUGUGCCAGAUAUGUCUUUUAAAGCAGGUUGCUCCAAUGAUGUCACUAUCAACGAGCCUGGCGUUUUGAAUGGAGGGUUGUGGCCGAAUCAGACUCCACGUAUGAGAACAUACACAAAGGUUCAAAAGCGUGGCUCUGUAGGAAGAACUAUUGAUGUCACACGUUACAAGGGGUACGAUGAACUAAGGCAAGAUUUGGCACGUAUGUUUGGCAUCGAGGGACAAUUAGAAGACCCACAAAGAACAGAGUGGAAGCUCGUAUAUGUAGACCAUGAAAAUGAUAUAUUGCUCGUUGGUGACGAUCCUUGGGACGAAUUCGUGAGCUGUGUCCAGAGCGUAAAAAUACUGUCUGCUGCAGAAGUGCAGCAGAUGAGUUUGGAUGGAGAUUUGGGGCCCGGCCCGAAUCAAGCUUGCAGUGGAACUGACAGUGGUGGUGCAUGGAGAUGAGACUAUAACAACUUACCUACAUUUUUUAACAUGUAAAAGUAUUCAGAUCCAGAAGCUAACUCGCUAUGCCUUUUGGUUUGAAGCCCUUCCCGAGAUUCCUACGAAUUCAAGGCUGCAUAUCCACCCACCCGCUAAAGUGUACUGGAGCCAUUGUACAAUAGCCAAUUGAGCAGACUCGACAAGAGUUCGUGUCCUUGUUUUAUGCCUUGACAUGAACUCAUAGAGAGUUGUUUCAGGACUCAAAACAACUUGAAAAUGGUGGUGUGUUGACUGCUUAGCUUCACUAGUUGCUUUCCAGGUCACAUUGUGAAGUGUAAAGAUCUUGGCCUCUUGGGGUCCCCUUUUCUUAUGAUUCUUACUGGGAAAUGUAAAGCUGCUUUUAGAGUAGAGAGACAAUAUAAUAUAAACUUUGUUCAGUUCUUAGGUUUCAUGCAAAACAUCCUCAACUACUUUUGUCCUGAAUUUGUUAAGGAA